CCCCCCGGGAGCUCACCCUUCGCAGACCGGCCUGGGCCUGGCUGCUGAGACCCAGCGGAGAAAGCCCCUGCCCCGGUGCGCCCUGCCCUCGGCGCUGCCGAGCCCCGGCCAUGCCUUGCUCCGGCUGGUCCCAGCCUCCCCGGGGACAGGGAGCGGAAACAGGGGCCAUGGAGCCCGCUCAGGUAGGGAUCCUGGUGGAGGGAGAGGAGCAGUAACUCCCCAGGAGGGAGAAACUUGUGGGGAGUUUGGUCUGGAGGUAGGAGAGGGCAGGAAACACCCAGGGUGGAUAAAAGGAGGGGGCCAGGGUGUGACCCACCUGCAAGGGCUUGUUUCAGCCGGGCCCGUGAUUCCAGGAACAGACCCAUGAGGUUUGGGGGUGGAAGUUCCCAAAUUUGUGCAACAGGAAACAACACAAACACCCCCCCCCCCCCCGCCGUUGGGAAAAAUUACCAGCUCCCCAGUGCUGGAGCCGCCGGCCAGAGUGUAGAGGAGUCCCUGUGUAUUUAACGCAGUUUUAUUAACCAGGAGGUAAAUAGCACGUAACCGGGUAAAACCCCAUAGUCAGGGUCACUGCUGCCCACGCCCACGAAUAAUAAUACCCACGAAUGUCUCCAGUCACGUGUCCUGACGCAGCAAAUGCAAAAUGCAAGAGUCCCGUGGGCCGGCGGACUCCCGAGGAGCCUUGACGGCCAGUGACUACGGUUAGCAACUUGGCUGACAGCUCGAGCGACUCACGCAGGGGAGCACGUGGCAAGUCUGUCCACAGAUUUAAUAGGCGGCAGGUAGUAAAACCCCCAAACCCUUGAAGACACAGCUCAGGGAGCUGGAGGGCUAACUCAGGCUGGCUGGGAGGAAGGGGGGAGUUUCCCCAGAAAAGCUGUACAACCCGGUAGGGUUGCCAGGUGUCCUGUUUUCAACCCGAACGUCUGGUCGAAAAGAGAGCCAGGCGGCUCUGCCUGGGCCGUUAGUCGGGUUGGUGGGGCUGGCAGGCUCCCUACCUGGCUCUGCGCAGCUCCCCGGAAGCGGUGACAUGUCCCUGUGGCUCUGAGGGGCAGAGGUGGCCAGGGAGGCUUCACGCACUGACCCCGCCCUGUGUGCUGGCUCCGCAGUUCCCAUUGGCCGGGAACCGCCUGUGGGUGGAGGCAGUGCGCACUGUGCAGAGCCACCUGGCUGCGCCUCCGCCUAGGAACCAAGGGAGCCCCCUGAGGUAAGUGCCACCCAGAGCCCGCUCCCCUGUGCCCCAGCAUGGAGCCCCCUCCCACACCCUAACUCCUUCUUGGAGCCCGCAUCCCCUCCUGCACCCCAACCCCCUGCCCGAGCUCAGAACCCCCUCCCACACCCAAACCUCCUCCUGGAGCCUGCACCCCAUACCCCCUCCCGCACCCCAACCCCAACCCCAGCCCUGAGCUCCUCCCGCACCCAAACCCCCUCCCGGAGCCUGCCAGGACUCUGGGGGAGCCUCCUCUCUGGGAGCAGCCUGUCUUCAGGGCAAGAAGCUCACCCGACUUCCACCUUCCUGGGUCUGACCUUGGAGCAUUCAGCCUCCCCUGCCCCGCCGUGUGCUUCCCCCCGCGAGUCUGGCCAGGCGGGGUGCUGGGGAAGCCAGGGGGUCCUGCCCCCCAACUCCGCAAUCAGACGGGACUCUCAGCCAGCCGGGAAAACAGAAGGUUUAUUAGACGUAGAACAGAGCUUGUUAGCACAGAAAUCAGUGACUUUCAGCCAAGUCCAUCUUGGGAGUCCUGGCCCAGAUGCCCUGGACUCCCCCUCUUCCAGUCCCCCCACGCAGACUGCCCGCUUCCAGCGACCCGACCUCCGACACCCCCCUCAUGCCGCUCCUCCAUCUCUUUGUCUCACCUCCCGGGGCAAAAGGUGUCACCUGGUCACAUCCCUGUCCUGGGGCUCAGGUUACGAAGGGCACCGGCCAUCACCUACAUGCAGACAGCUGGGCAAACUCACCACCGGCCCCGAGGGCCUCAGCAAAACCCACACACCCAAUUCCCACCGCCGACGUCCUGGGGCAGUACACAAGGGAAACUGAGGAACGCAGAGCAUUAGCAUAGGACAGUAAGACUCUCAUGCAACAUAACCAGGUGAAUAAACCCCCACUUUGUCACAUCCUGUUUCCCUCUCUCUGCUAGGAGGGGUGAGGAUCUCUCUCUUUCUCCCCUCACCCGAUGCCUCCUGGCUGCUCUGAGCAAGCUGGGGGUGGGACUCUGCUGACUGUGAACCUCCCAGAGUUUGCAUUGAGUUGGCCCUGUUCCCCGGUGACUAGUGGGGUUGUCACUGGGGCAGCAGGUCCUGAGUGAGGGGCUAUUGCUCUUUCAGGGGCCGGUGACCUUCGAGGAGGUGGCUGUGUAUUUUACGAAGGAAGAGUGGGCUCUGCUGGACCCCGCUCAGAGAGCCCUCUACAGAGACGUCAUGCAGGAGACCUAUGAGACUGUGGCCUCGCUCGGGUUUUCAGUUUCCAAACCUGAUGUGAUCUCCCAGCUGGAACAAGGGGAAGAGCCCUGGGUCCUAGAUAUCCAGGACUCAGAAAACCAAAGGAUCCUGAGAGGUGCCUGCCCAGGCGGUGGGAGGGUGAGUGAGAACGGGGAGCGAACUCUUCAGCAGACGGACGUGGAGCAAGUGAAACCACACAGGAUGGUAUUGCAACGAGCCAAAGGGCGUGUGUCCAGACGUCUUGAGCAAGGAAAAUCUCGUGAGCGUCAGCACAGGCCAGCGAGGCAGCGGCCAGGGGAGAAAGCGGGUAAAUCCGUUAAUUGUCGGGCAACUCACAAAGACCUCAAGGGAACCACAGGCCAGCACAGAAUCCUCACCGGAGAGAGAAAAAACACCGGCGCUGAGGGUGGGAAAAACUUCCGUGGACGUUCGACCCUUAUUAGGCAUCAGAAAAUCCGCACCCGGGAGCGACCCUAUCAGUGCCGUGCGUGCGGGAAAACCUUCACGCGGCGCCCACACCUCAUUAGACAUAAAAUAAUCCACACGCGGAAGAGGCCCUCCGACGGCUGUGAGCGCAAGAGAAGCUUCAGCCAGAACUCCAACGUUAUUAGUCACAUACUGGUCCCAGUAUAUACCCCAGUGCUGGUCCCCGUGCUGGUCCCCGUCCUGGUCCCAGUCAGACCCCUCUACUGGUCCUGGUAAGACCCCCAUACUGGUAACAGUUAGACCCCAAUACUGGUCCCAGCAAGAUGCCCAUACUGGUCCCAGUACUGCUCCCAGUACGUACUGUGACACAGUAGGAAUGUUCUUAAUGUUUUCUCAGACUACUGUGUGCGUGCCUCAGUUUCCCCUAUGCGUCACUCAAGUGUUUGGGUGGCGGGGUAAGAGUGUAUGAUCAUGGCAGCGACCCCUAGAGGGCAGGAGCGACUGGCAGCCUGGGACAGAGACCGGCCAACGCUCUGUAGCCUGGCAGCUGAUGGCCAGGCCACCUCCUCUGCAAGACGCAGGAGAACCGGGUGGGUGGGGAUGGGGCAGGGCAAGCCCCUGCGCCCCAACUCCAUUUCCCUGGCAGGAGCACUGGGGGAUGGAAAGAGGGGGGACUGCAGGCAGAAGGGGUGGGGAAAGGCCCCCACUUGCUCUGGCCCAGGGCCCCACAAACCCCGAAUUCUCCUCUGGGAAGAAUAAGCUACAAGCGGCCUGGGACGGGCCCUUUAAGGUCGUCAAACAGCUAAAUGAGGAGAACGAGGGAGUAAACCGGUCCAGCCGGGCUCACAGCCUCUGCGUGCGCCACGUCCCCAUGGGGGAGCCGUACUGGGACAGAGAGAAGGGCUGUCUGGCCAUGGGGUGGCCUCUUUAAGAAGUGCAGCCAGGACUAUUUGGGCGGCGCUUUACUGUGUACACGGACCACUUGCCUCUGAUGUGGUUGCACCAGAUGAAAGGGGCCAGUGCCAAGCUGCUGAGAUGGAGUCCGGUCCUCCGGGAUUACGAGAGGGAGGUGGUCCAUGUUAAGGGGAGGGCCAAUGUUCUAGCUGAUGCUUUGUCAGAGAGACGGGGGGGGCCUGACCUUCCCCAGGUCACCGGUUAAGUGACCCCACUCAGUUUGGUCUCAAAGGCGGGGAGAGAUAUGACAAAGUGGGAAUGUUCUGAAUGUUUUCUCUGACUACUGUGUAUGUGUGCCUCAGUUUCCCCUAUGUAUUUGGGUGGCGGGGUAAGAGUGUGUGAUCAUUGCAGCGACCCCUAGAGGGCAGGGUGUGACUGGCUGCCUGGGACAGAGACCGGCCAAUGCUCUAUAGCCUGGCAACUGGUGGCCAGGCCCCAACCUCUGCAAGAAUCAGCCAGUGGUGUUAAUUAUGCAGUCGAGUUUCCUGCAUUUGGGGAAAUCGCAGGGGUCAGCACAGCCGCUGUGCAAUGGAUGAACCUCACCCUGGGAAAACCACCUUGAUGAUCCUAGGUUUCAGCGUAGCAGCCAUGUUAGUCUGUAUCCGCAAAAAGAACAGGAGGACUUGUGGCACCUUAGAGCCUAACCAAUUUAUUUGAGCAUAAGCUUUCGUGGGCUAAAACCCACUUCAUCAG